AUGGAGACCCUGGAGGAGCCUGAACCCUGCUUUCCACAUCUCCUUAACGCCUCCUGCAGGAAAUACGCUCGUCCUCACUCUGAGGCAAUGCUCAUUUAUGUUCUAGUGUCCUGCAUCUCUCUGCUCACUGCGAGUCUCAACCUGCUGGUCAUCGUCUCCAUCUCCCACUUCAGGCAGCUCCACACUCCCACCAACCUCCUCCUCCUCUCUCUGGCUGUCUCUGAUUUCCUCGUUGGUCUCAUCGUCAUGCCGUUUCAGAUCAUCCUCAUAGAACCUUGUUGGUUCCUUGGUAACCUGCUGUGUGUUCUGUAUUACUUAUUACCCUUCAUCACGGUUUAUUCCUCAGUAAUAAACAUGGUGCUGAUAUCAGUGGACCGUUAUGUGGCCAUCUGUGACCCUCUGCAUUACUCCACCAUAAUGACUCAAUUGAGAGUUAAAAUCUGUGUGCUGAUGAGUUGGGUUUUCUCCGUUUUUUACAGCUUUGUGAUUUUAUUCGACAACUUAUAUCAACCAGGCAGGUUAAACUCCUGUUAUGGUGAAUGUGUGAUUAACAUAAAUGGACCUGUUCAUUUGGUGUUUGGCUUCAUUGUCCCCAUCUCAUCCAUCAUCAUCCUGUAUGUGAGGGUGUUUGUUGUGGCUGUGUCUCAGGCUCGUUCCAUGCGCUCCCACGUUACAGCUGUUAAACUGCAGCGUUCACUGACUGUGACUGUUCAGAGGUCAGAGCUGAAAGCAGCCAGGACUCUGGGUGUGGUUGUUGUUGUGUUUCUCAUUUGUUACUGUCCAAUUUACUGUAUUUCUCUCUCUGGCUCGAAUCUCACGAUUGGUUCUUCAGCUAAUGCUAUAGCAUUUCUUAUAUAUUUUAAUUCAUGUCUAAAUCCUGUCAUUUACGUCUUUUUUUACCGCUGGUUUAGAAAAUCCAUUAAACUCAUUGUGACACUUCAAAUACUGCAGCCAAACUCAUUUAAGGCAAACAUACUGUAGAGAGGUCAGACAACGCAGGUGAGCUUUUUGAUUCAGUGAAGCAGAGAAUCGUCUGGAAACUAAGAAUAUUUAAUUGAUGUUAUGUUACAUUAUUUCUGUUCUUUUGUUUUUGCUUGUUUGCAAAUUGAAUAUUUCUUGAUGUUCAUUGUAAUCAAUGUUGGAAAAAUCUGUAUCCUGCAGCUACAGAGAAAAAAAUAAUUACAGUUCAUUUUAAUUGUGACUUUAGUAUUAUUGCAAAACUUGACUUAAUAAUAAAACAGGAGACAGUGGCUUUAAAGUCUGUUAUGUAACCUGCUGUAAUCUCCAUAACUAUGUUUUCUACACUGAAAAAAUGUGGAGUAAAAUUUUGCUUAGAAAAAAGUAGGUAACAAUUUCCACGCAGAAAUCCUGAGUAAAAAUAAGAGGACAAAUUCUUAAGUACACUAUAUGUAAUAGCACAUAAUUUUCAUUCAAGUACUCAAUAAACUUUACUUUUUUGGUUAUUGAGCUAAAUAAAU